UCUGUUGGGUCUCCACCAUGUUGGGAUGGCUACUUCUACGGACUCUGCUGGUCCUUUGGCUGGCGCAUAGUGCACACCUGAAGAACAAUGGAAAUGGUGGGGGUGUUGGAAGGGUGUUGAUGCCAUCCAAUGGAUAUGGAUACAAGGGAAAUGGUUACAGUGCUGGAGCYGGUGUGCCCAAUGGAAACGGUGCCAAACCCAAUGGCUACGGUGCUCCUGCAGCUGUGUCCAAUGGAAAUGGUGCUAAACUCAAUGGUUAUUAUGGCGCUUCUGCAGCUGUGCCAAAUGGAAAUGGUGCUAAACCCAAUGGAUAUGGUGCUCCAGCUGCUGUACCCUAUGGUCAAAAGUCAAAAGGUUAUGGUGCUGCUGCAGCUGUGCCCAAUGGAAAUGAUGCUAAACACAAUGGCUAUAGUGCUCCAGCUGCUGUACCCAAUGGAAAUGGUCAAAAAUCAAAAGGUUAUGGUGCCGGUGUGCCUAAUGGAAAUGGACAAGGAGCUAAACCCAAUGGUUACGGUGCUGCUCCAGCUGCUGUGCCCAACGGACAAGGAGCUAAGCACAAUGGUCAAGGAGCUGCAGCUGGUGCACCCAAUGGACAUGGUGCGCCGAAUCCAAAUGCUGGCAUGAAAGGACCCAUGAAAGGAUAYGGCCGACCACCUUUUGGUGCAGGUGCUUCUCUUGGAAUGGGGACUCGAAAGGGUCUGAGGGUACCUCAACUAGCUGCAAACAGGAGGGGAGUGUAUGGCAKUAAUGGGUAUGGCGGUAAUGGAUAUGGUGCACAGCCAAUGAAUGGCUACAGGCCAAAUGGUGCCUAUGCCAGGGCUGGCCUUGGCCUGGGUGGUGGCCUCUCGGCUAGAUACUCUAAUGGAGGAGGCCAAAAAAGACCCACGCAGGGUUACGGUGGUCCCAAUGGACAAGGCGUUAAACCCAAUGGUUAUGGUGCUCCUGCAGCUGUGCCAAAUGGAAAUGGUGCUAAAAAAAACAAAGGCUAUGGUGCUGAUGUGCCAAAUGGACAAGGUGCCAAACCCAAUGGUUAUAGUGCUGGAGCUGGUGUACCCAAUGGACAAGGAGCUAAACCCAAUGGUUAUGGUGGUGUACCCAAUGGAUAUGGUCCCAGACCCAGUGGGUAUGGAWAUCCCAAUGGUGGGGCAAAGGCACCCAAACCAGGUUAUGGUGCUGGAGCUGGUGUGUCCAAUGGACAAGGAGCUAAUGGUUAUGGAAAUGGAUCACCUCAACCUCAAAAUACUAAAGGUGUCGGAGCAGGUGCACCCAUUGGAGGAACUAAAGCGUCAAAUGGAGGAGCUAAAGCACCAAAUGGUGGGUAUGGUGUUCCUGCUGGUGUACCCAAUGGACAUUUGGCUAAAGAAGUCAAUACUGGUUACGGCAUGCCAAAUGGUCAGGGUACUAAAGGUGUUGGUGCACCGAAUGGAAAGGGCCCCAAAGGUGAAGUUCUUACUCCUGAAGCACUAAGCCUUGCACCAGCACCCGAGCCAGGACUUGUAGUACCUGAGCCAAMAAAGGGUGUAGCUCUAAUCUUUCCACAAGGGAAGACAUACCCUAAGCCAGCACCAGUUCCACAAGGGAAGCUUUUCCCUAAUCCAAUACCUAUAGUACCACAGGCAAAGAGUCCAAAGACAGCGCCAGAGCCAGCACCGGUUCCACAAGGAAAGACAUACGCUAAGCCAGCACCAAAGCUAGCACCUGUCGUUCCACAAGGAAAGCCGUGCCCUAACAAAGCACCAGAGGCAGCGCCAGUUCCACAUGGGAAGACAUACCCGAAGCCAGCAUCUGUAGUACCACAGGCAAAGAGUCCGAAGCCAGCGCCAGUUCCACAAGGGAAGCCGUACCCUGAGCCAGCACCUGUCUUUUCACAAUGGAAGCCGUACCCUGAGCCAGCACCUGUCGUUUCACAAGGGAAGCCGUACCCUGAGCCAGCACCUGUCGUUUCACAAGGGAAGCCGUACCCUGAGCCAGCACCUGUCGUUUCACAAGGGAAGCCGUACCCUGAGCCAGCACCUGUYGUUUCACAAUGGAAGCCGUACCCUGAGCCAGCACCUGUCGUUUCACAAUGGAAGCCGUACCCUGAGCCAGCACCUGUGGUUCCACAAGGAAAGACGUACCCUAAACUAGCACCAGAGCCAGCAUCACAGGCAAAAAGUCCAAAGCCAGUGGCACCAGCCGUGGCACCAGCCGUGCCUCAAAGAAAGAGUCCCAAAGUACCAAACAUGGUAGAUGGUGAAGGAGCUGGGAACCCCAAUGGCAAUGGGCAGGGAGCUAAACCAGCCAAACCUGGUUAUGGUCCAGGAGCUGGUGUCCCCAUUGGCUUGGGUGCUAAACCCAAUGGUUACGGAGGAGGAACUGGUGUAAACGGAGGUGGCGCGAAACCCAAUGGUUACGGUGUCGGAGCCGGUGCACCAAACGGACAUGGAGUCAACCCCAAUGGUUACGGUGCAGGAGCUGGUGUACCAAAUGGAGGUGGUGUCCCCAAUGGCUAUGGUGCUAAACCAAAUGGUAAUGGUGCUGUUGCAGGGGGCUAUAAUCCUGUUGCUGCCGGCUAUGGAUAUGGACCUGGAGCAGGUGAAAAUCCGUUCGCAGGGAAACCCAAACAACAUAGUGGUUAUGGUCAAGGUGUCUACCCUGGAGCUGGUUAUGGAUAUGGCGCAGCUGCAAAUGGAAAUGGCUACGGUGGACCUGCAAUWGGUGUGCAUGCUGGUAUGGAGGGAAAAUCAGGUGGGGUUGGUGCAGGACUUGGAGAGCCUGCAAAUGGUGGCAAAUAUGGUGGUUCCGGACCUUAUGGCGGAGCACCAAUCAUUCCUGCUGGACUGGAUGGAACAAGUCAGUUUGAACCUCAACCCUCUGGUCUACGUCCUGAUGGGAAAUCAGGUGGAAUAUAUGGUGGAUUGGGUGGGCCAUACGGUGGUCAGCCCCUCGGAAUGGGCCCAGAGGCAACAUCUCAGACCAAAUAUGGCAUUGGGGGGUUGCCAUUUGGUGGUCAACCCCUCGAGUUGGGGACUGAUGGUGCAGGCAAGUAUGGAAAUGGUGGAAUCUCCAAAGCACCUGGACCUGAUGUUGGCAAGUCAGUUGGUAAAUACGGAAAUGGUGGUCUACCCUAUGGAUCUCAGACUCUUGGAUUGGGUGCUGAAUCCAAAUCSUCUGGAAAAUACGGCGGGCUAGGCACUGGAAUGGGAGGGGAUCCUGCACCUGGAAAAUAUGGAUAUGGUGCACCUUAUGAUGGGCAACAUCUUGGCCUAGGGGGUGAUCCUGGGAAAUCAGCUGGCAAGUAUGGCUAUGGAGAGGUGCCAUACGAGCCUCAGCCUCUUGGACUUGGCCCCGAUUCCGGUAAAUCGAAUGGAAAAUAUGGACAGGGUGGGUUGCCAUACGAGCCUCACCCUCUUGGGCUCGGUCCAGAUGCUGGAAAAUAUGCAGGCAAAUAUGGGGGCGGUGCACCAGAAUCCUAUGCACCAGAACCUCUUGGCUUUGGUGGUGAAGGACAGAAAUCUGCUGGGAAAUAUGGUAACCUUGGACCAUACGAGCCACAGACCCUUGGAUCAGUCACUGAUGGCAAAUCCACCGGACAAUACGAAAAUCCUAUGCCUUAUGAGCCUUUGCCCCUCGAAUCAGAGGCUGUCGGAAAGUCAUACGGUAACGAGAGAAUAGGAGAAAUAGCACCAGAACAACCUGCUAGACGUGAAGAGGGAAAAUCCACUGACAAAUAUGGAAAUGGGGGUUAUAUAAAUGGACAAGUUCAGCCAGAAGUUGUCUCCUUCCCCCCAGCUCCCACUCCUUGGCCCUCCAUCUCCUAUCCCCCCAUCCCUUCAUUUGUGCCCGUAGUGUCCUUCUUCCCCCCCGAGGCCCCUGCCGCAGCUGUUUCAGAGGCCCCACCCAAGCCUGUGGGCACUGCCAGCCUCUCCCUUGCAUCUGUGCCCAGCACCCAAAUGAAAGCCCCGCCACACGGGCCUGACACUGCGUUGCUUCAGCCACCRCACCAGAUACACAUUCAGCAGCACCUCAAGCUGCACAUUCACCCGCAGGGCAAAUCAUGGCGAGGAGGUGCAAAGGAGAACAAAUAUGAAUUAACAGGAUUCUUUGGGAAUAGUGGAUACUAAGGUAAAACAUUAAAGGWUGACCAGGGCGACGGUGGCCAUUUACAGCAUUUAACUUCACUAGAUUUUUUACAUUGUUGUUGUUGUAUAUUUGUUUUAAUUCCCUUUUUAAUUGAUCCUUAGUUUUUGUAUAAUUAUUCAUAUCUCCGUGUCCAUGCCGAACCAGUCCUGCCUGCCAUAUUUUUUAUAGU